GCAGUGUAAAGCUUCUUUCACACCUACACAGUAAUCAAGAGGGAAACGCCGCGACGAUGACGACAUAAUGCAAUUUAAGUAUAGUUUUUGUCGAUCAGCUAUUCCGAAAUCGUGUCGAACACAGGUAUAUAUUGCAGAUACAUUUAGAGAUCGCCGUGCCUAGUCAUAUCUAUACCUAGUCACUAUCUAUACCUGUCGACCGCCAUCUGUGUCGCGACCAUUUCGCGAUCGCGAUGAAGUAUCCGUUGUUCUCYGAAGACUCUCCGAAUCAGCAGAUCGACGACAGCCUACAACUGUUUUCGUUCAAGCGUCGCUAUCAGGUAAGCAAUACAAUGGAUAUGUUGACAUGCCAGUAUAUAAAACUCCCUGCUGAAGAAUCGUCUUUGCCAAAUUUUUUCAAAUUCGCACCGUACGUCACAGGAUCCCUGAAGCGCGGCUCCGACGAGAUGGUCACAUCACCAGGGGUUGAAGGAGGACCGGUUAGCAACGGAGACACGAUUGGAACCAAUCACGUGGACAACAAUAAUGACGCAAAGAAGGUCAAACUCGACAAAACCGCCAACAACAAGCCAUCUCGGGUAAUACACAUACGCAACAUACCCAAUGAAGUCACCGAAGCCGAGGUCAUACAUCUGGGYAUUCCGUUCGGAAAAGUUACCAACGUGCUCGUACUCAAAGGCAAAAAUCAGGCCUUUCUAGAAAUGGCGGACGAGACAUCGGCAUCUGCCAUGGUCACAUACUUCACGACAUGCACGGCUCAACUCAGGGGUCGCGCAGUGUUCAUACAGUUCAGCAAUCACAAGGAGUUAAAAACGGACCAAACUCAUAGCAACGCCAAUGCAUCGGCUCAAGCGGCACUACAAGCGGCCCAAGCUCUGGCUGGCCAGAGUGACGUACAAGGAGGUCCAAACACRGUGCUCCGAGUCAUCGUUGAACACAUGGUGUUUCCAAUCAGUCUUGACGUCCUCUACGAGAUAUUUUCGCGUUACGGCAAAGUGCUUAAAAUCGUCACGUUUACCAAAAACAGUGAUCCGGGUAUGYUGACUCCAUCGUUCAACGCCGUCCACGGGCUCGCUUCACCUCUAGCCACGUCAUACGCCAACUCACCCGUCACUAGCAUGCCCCUCGGAUUCACCCUACCCGGUGGUUCGUUGGCUGCUGGAACGCUCAGACUCCCUGGUCAAAUGACUGGACAGACGUGUGUGCUGUUGGUCAGCAACCUAAAUGAAGAGAUGGUCACGCCAGACGCUAUUUUCACUUUGUUUGGUGUUUACGGAGACGUGUUGCGUGUGAAGAUCUUGUACAACAAAAAAGACGGUGCUCUCGUACAAAUGGCUGAACCGCAUCAAGCCCAUCUGGCCAUGCUUCAUUUGGACAAAGUUCGUCUGUACGGCAAAUACAUACGGGUGAUGCAAUCCAAGUACCAAACUGUUCAGCUACCUAAAGAAGGACAGCCCGACUCGGGGCUGACAAAAGAUUACACCUCGUCGCCGUUACACCGAUUCAAAAAGCCGGGCUCCAAAAACUACCAGAACAUCUAUCCACCGUCGUCCACUCUCCACUUGUCCAACAUACCAACGACAUUAUCGGAAGAUUUCUUAAAGACGGCGUUCGAAAACAACGCAUUCACUGUCAAGGACUUCAAGUUCUUCCCUAAAGACCGCAAAAUGGCACUUAUUCAAAUGGAAUCCUUGGAGGAAGCCGUCGCCGCACUUAUAAAGAUGCACAAUUAUCGGCUCAGUGAACAAAACCACCUGCGUGUCUCGUUUUCAAAAUCCAACAUCCAACCGGAUACGCUGACACCCAACUAGGCACCUCUUAUCCUACGCUUUAAAAUUACUGGACAGUGUUGCCUAACUACGCAACAGUCAAUGAUCUUUACGAACACGACUGUGUUUUGCAAGUAUUUUUAAUUAUAAUAUUAUUGUUUCAUAUUUUAAAUUUUUUCGUAAACAGUAUUAUUUUUUUUAUAUUAUUAUUCUUUAUUAUUAUUACUAUUAUAAUUAUUAUACUCUACAUUUUUUUUUACGCGAUUAACUUGUAAUUGUUUCUAUAUUUACUUUUUUCUCCUGGCGUAUUAUUUUCGCAUAUUUAUAUAUAUAUAUAGUAUUUACAUGUUGAUGAUUUUUUUCCAUCAUUCCUCUAAGUGUCUUUAUACUUGUGUAUUAUUUAAUUUAUAUAUGUAUGUCGUAUGUGUAUUAUUUAAGAAGACCAAUGUAAUAUCUAUAGGUCGUAAAAAAAUAUUUAUUGAAUAUGAAAAAAACAAAUAUUAUUUAGUAGUAGAAAUUGUCACCAAAGGAUGCGAGGAAAACGUGUAAUAUGAAAUCGCACAAAAUUGUAUGUAUUUAUGAAACAAUUAGUAUUUUUAUUUAUAAUUUAUAUUAUUUUUUAUUCUACUAUUAUAUAU